AAAACAGGAGUUGCAAACGGUUGAUCGAUCUUAUCUGCAGCUCCGUUGUCCCCCCCCCUCCAAAACGAACCAGGCUACAAUUUGUAACUAAAUUACCUUCAAAUGGACAAUCUUAACUUCCAAAAUCACAAGCAGGAAGACGCAAAGACUUCUGAGACCAUUGAAGGGUUCCAGCCGGAUAAAAAGAACCGAGCCUCAAGACCCAGAAGUGAGAGCUCAAAAACUACAAGUUUCCUCUACUCGCACUAUUGAUGUUGGAUGUUGGAUCAAAAUCCCCGCAGGUUUUGACGUAAUCAAAUGGAUGAGAAGUACGAUAUAAUUGUUCUAGGCACGGGUUUAAAGGAAUGUAUACUUAGUGGUUUAAUGUCUGUUGAAGGAAAGAAAGUUCUGCAUAUGGACAGGAAUGACUACUAUGGUGCCGAGACUACAUCCAUUACUCCUCUCGAAGCCCUUUUUCAAAAGUUUAAAGUUAAAGCGGACCUCCAAGCGUUCGGACGUGGAAGAGACUGGAAUGUUGACCUCAUCCCAAAGUUUCUAAUGGCUGACGGAAAGCUGGUUAAACUACUUGUUCACACUGGUGUUACUAGGUAUCUCGAGUUCAAGAGUAUUGAGGAGAGUUACGUUUACGACAAAAAGGCAAUACACAAAGUUCCAAGUAGUGCAAGUGAAGCUUUGUCUACAAGUUUGGUCUCUUUAUUCGAAAAGAGGAGGCUAAGAAAUCUCCUACAGUGGGUGAUAGACGUAGAUCCUAAUAACCCCUCCACUUGGAAUACUGUAUACCCUCCACCAAAAAGUGUCCUCAGUGAUCCCAUCGAAGUGGCUUUCUCACAUUUUGGUGUCGAUGAAACUACUAAGAAUUUCGUCGGUCAUGCUAUUUGCCUGUAUACAAAUGAUUCUUACAGACAGAAAGCACCAGCUAUCGAGGUUGUCACCAAAAUGCAGCUGUAUAACCACUCAGUCAAUCGAUUCGGGAAGUCUCCAUACCUUUACCCUCUUUAUGGCUUGGGAGAAUUGCCCCAGGCUUUUGCUCGACUGAGCGCAGUAUAUGGAGGCACAUAUAUGUUAAACAAACCAGUAGAUGAGAUUGUAAUAGAAAAUGGCAAAGUCAUUGGCGUAAAAUCUGAAGGCGAGAUUGCACGGUGUGAUAAAGUAAUAUGUGAUCCUAGCUAUGCACCAGAUCGCGUCCGAAAGUGUGGCCAGGUUGUCCGCGCCAUAUGCAUUUUGAAUCAUCCUAUUCCAAAUGUAAAGAACUCUCUUUCAUCACAGAUAAUCAUUCCUCAAAAUCAAGUUGGUCGACGUCAUGAUAUAUACGUUUCUUGUGUUUCACAUCCACAUUACGUAUGUCCUGAAAAAUUCUUUGUUGUCCUCGUGGCAACAACUGUAGAAACAUCGAAUCCACAUCAAGAACUUCAACCGGGCUUGCAGUUACUUGGACGUAUUGAGCACGUAUUUUACUCAGUAGCAGAUUUGUACGAACCCGUGGAUGAUGGCAGAUCAAGUAACAUAUAUGUUUCAAAGAGCUAUGAUGCAUCAACUCAUUUUGAAAGCACAUGCACAGAUGUAUUGGAAAUGUAUGAAAGAAUAACUGGACAUCCAUUCGACUUUAGCAAAGUUACAAGGAAUUUAGAAGAUGAUUAACACAGUCUUAUUGUCACUGUGAUUCUUGUCUUAAAAUAUAAAAAGUAAUAAUAUGGAUACCUUCACACUUAUAAUUUAUCACUCAUAUGAAUGGUUUCCUACUUCUUUUUUCCAUUUAUUUCUGAUUAUUUUUCCUUUGAUCGUCAUCAUUUAUUUCUAUCAUGUAACAUUGUUUAUUUUAAAUCUCGUGCUGGUAGCAAAACUGUUUCACCUUUUGUCCUUGUCUGUCUUCUGGUAUCUUUUCCUAUCGAUUAGCUUUCUUUUAUAUUUAGAACCAAACCGGUUUGUUUAAUUUUAACACUUGAUUGUGUUGUGCUAUGUCUUGUUUUCUAAUUGUUGUCUUUGUAUCAAUGUUGUGUCAAUGUGAUAUUGCAUUCCCCACUAAAAAAAAAGGAACGUAAUCUCAUCAUAAAAGCACACUGUUUGUACUCUGUAAUGAUUUGAAGAUCGCCUAUCUGACAGUGACUUUCUUUAAAAACUUCGUACACUUGUGUCGAAUAAAAUGUGUUAUUUGUUCUGUAAAAAAUGUGUUCUUUUAUUUUUUGUGCGUUCAUAAUUCAGUAAAAACAAUCAGUCGGCUGUUUGAUUUACGAUAUCUUCAGUA